AUGGAUGAUAUGAUUUUCACCAGAAACCAUCCAGGUAUGUUCAAUGACUUUAAGAAAGCUAUGACUAAAGAAUUUGAAAUGACUGACAUUGGUGAAAUGUCAUACUUUCUUGGAGUCGAAGUGAAGCAAAUAAGAGAUGACAUAUUUAUGUCUCAAAAGAAAUAUACAGAGCGAAUUCUGAAAAAGUUCAGAAUGCAAGAUUGUAAGCCUGUAGCCACGCCAGCAGAACCAGGCAUGAAGUUAAGUGUUGACUCAACAAGCGAGCCAGUUAAUCCAACUUUCUUUAAAAGCGUAAUUGGAAGUUUAAGGUAUUUGACUAUCUCACGGUCAGAUAUUAUGUAUGCAGUUGGACUGGUUAGCAAAUUUAUGGAAAAGCCAAAACAAGGUCAUUGGAUUGCCGCAAAGAGAAUUUUGAGAUACAUCAAAGGUACGGUGGAUCAUGGUCUCUUUUAG